AGGGAGAAGAGAUUGAGAAUUCGUAAAUCCAGAAAAUUACCAGAAUGUCUUGCCAUUUCAAAUUGUGCCAACUUUUCUUCAUCAUAUUCUGUACUGAUAUCUUUACAACAAUAUUGUUGAUGAACGUCAAAUCAUUGGUCAUGGAUUCAACUGCAGAAUGUCCAUUGAACAGAACAGCAUUUAUUGCUGCUUCUGUGAGAAUGAAUUGCAGUGGAGAUGCUCGAUAUUUGUGUACUCCGAACAAAGAUCUCUCCUCUUUGAUUGAAUUUUGCACUAAAGUAAAACGAAAGCCAUGGGGACCAGACAAUUGUGUAAAACAUCAGAGUAAUGGGUAUCUUACUCAUGUAUACUGUAAAUCAACGUUUAGAGGCGGAUGUCCAAAUGAAUUAUAUUUUGAUGAUGAAAUCUACAAAUUUCCAAGUUGUUUAAAGAUCAACACAAUACAAAAAUGUUUCCUUGAGGAUCGAAACUGCAUACCCGUGGAAAGAAACACCACGUACCACAAUUUGAUAAAUGUGACGAAUGAUGAUUCUAAUAACCGUUCCCUUCAUUCCUCUGAACCCAAUGAGAACCCUGCACUCCUAUGGAUGCUUGGUCUUCUAAUUAUUCCUUUGAUUUCCAUAAUUGUAUUUAUCAUUUGGUGUCGACUUUGGCGAGUUCGACAAGAUGUACAAAGAGAUUCUGAAGAAUGUGGUGCCCUUUUACAAGAACGAGAUGGUGAAAGAAAGCUAGAGUACACAUUAGAAAACGCAGAGGAGAAACGUGCAUGGAGAACACCUUUCCGAAAAAAAUUGGAUGACUUACCUCUCAAUCUUUUGGUAAUAUUUUAUUCUCUUUUAUUUACGAGAAACAAACAAUUCGAUUUAAACACUGACAAUCAUUGGUUGGAGGUGAUGAAUAGAGUUAGAAGAGUGUUUGGGUUGAAGGACACGUCUGACGAAGAAGGAAAAAGGAAUGUGAACUUAUUGUGUGAUUUGUUUCGGUCUAUAUCUAACAUUGAUGCCAUACUUGAAGUUCCAGAUGAUUUAUUUUAUGAAAUAUUCUGGAGUUUUUUCCGACAGAAUUCAUUCACAGAGGAUCGCUUUGAUUUUUUCUUGAAACACUCACAAAAAGAAACCGUUGCAGAAUUUUGUAGAACAAGUGGAUACCAGAAGGUUCCCAAUGAACGAUGUAUUAUUCUACCUCAUGAAUAUGACAAAAAAUUCAUUGACAAACUUGGACAGAAAAUAUUAAUCCAUCAAACUUUACAGGACCAUUCUAUUCACGAAGAAAUCUCAAGGAAAUAUGACAUUCCCGUUGAAGUAUUGACUUGGGGUAAAGACUUCAUUCAGAGGUAUAUUGGAUACCUAAAUAAUGGGAAACAGCCCGUAUAUCAUACCCAAGGAAUGAUUGUUGGAUGUGCUGGAGCAGGAAAAACAACUCUUCUUAAACGAUUAAAAGACUGUCCUAGACCAGAAAUAUUAAAUGUUGAACGGACCGAAGGAGUCAAAGUGUACCCCGAUGUAUUUCGAGUAGAGAAUCGGCGACUCUUAGUAAAUGAAUACCAAGAAGUGGAUUAUUUUCGCAUUCCCCAGGAUAGCGUUCUUGCUUACCAAUUUCCAAUUAACAAAGAAAGAGAUCAAGCUAACUUUAGUUCACAUCAAAGAAAUAUAGAUUCUGGUUUCAAAUUCACAAAAACGAUUACCAAAUUUAAAAAGAAAAAACAGGAUAAUCAAUCCGAUACUCCUGUCAUAAAAAAAGAGAGUAAUCCAAUUACAACUCCUGCGUCAACACAAGAAAUUCCAAUACCCGAGUUAACCCCACAAGAAAACUCACGCAAAUGGAACAGAGAGGACGGAUCACAUACCUUGUUAUCAAAUGAACAUACCUUAAAGCCUCUUCUUAAAACUUUUAAAAACGUUAUUUUUGGGGAUAGUGAAAGAUGCAUACAGCUACUUACGCUGCUGGAUUUUGCUGGUCAGUCCGCUUACUAUGCCUGCCAUCAGAUUUAUUUAAGUGCACGGGCCUUCUACAUAUUAGUUGUAGAUAUGUCAAAAGAUUUAAAUGAUGAAGUGGGCAAAGAUGUGUGUGAUCAUAGCGGCGCUGUUUUCGAUUCUUGGAAAUACAGAGAUUUCUAUGAAUUUUGGAUGAAAUCCAUACACACGUACAGCAGUCCAAAUGCACCCGUGAUAAUUAUUGCCACGCAUGCAGAGAAUAAACAAAAAACGGAUAUUGACAAGUUCCAAGAAGAACUAUUUGAAGCUUUGGAUCAUCAACUUCUCAGCCAGCACUUGGUAACAUAUAAAGAAAAGAAAAUGUUUACACUAUUUCUACCUAUGGAUGAGACAUGUGAACUCGAGAGUGUAGAUGAUAUCAAGCAGUGUAUUGUUGACACGGUAGAAAAACAACCUUACUGGGGUGAAAAACUUCCAAGCUCAUGGGUAGUCGUUGAAAAAGAAAUAUCAAGGAGAAAAAAAGAAAAGUCAAAAGUAAUAAAGAUACAGAAAUUAGAGGAACUGUGCAAGAAUUUGAGUUGCCACAUAGAAUUGGGGAUGAAACAGUUGAAAGAUGCUUUGCGAUUUUUUCAUGAAAUUAGAACGAUUCUAUAUUUUGAUAGUACUGGCUUAGAUGAAACGGUCAUUCUUGAUGUUCAGUGGUUUGUAGAUGCCUUCAAAAAUAUAAUAACAGAUGAUCAACACAAGAAGCAAACACGAUUGAAGAUUGACCAGCUCUGGGAAAUUUUCUAUGAAAAAGGGGAAUUACAUGAUCAUUUACUUGAAAACAUUUGGAAAGAAAGCGAAGACUUUGGUGAAUCUUUCUUUGAGUAUAAAAAAGAACUUUUAAGUUACAUGCAACAUUUAGGAUUAUUAUCGGAAGGAUCAGAAAAAACCGAUAAUAUCCAUCUUAUACCAUGCAUGAACAAAAAGUCAGUAUCAGAAGAAUUUACAAGAAAAUGUCCUCAAAGCUAUUUAGUCAGCUUCAGGUUUGAAUUUUUCCCUAACUUUUUAUUUUGGAGGUUCAUUGUUUCUUGUGUAAGCAGCAAUGGUUGGGUGAUACUCGAAGAGCAUGGAUUUAAAUAUCUUUUCAAAAACGCCUGCAUUUUGAGCUUCGAUAAUGUUGAUGUUGCAAUUAAAACCAACGAAAAUAUCGUUGAUAUCCAAUUUUUAGAAACUCGGAGUUUUCCCGAAGCUGCGAAAUUUGAUAUCUUGAAGAAAAUUAACAACAUUCUCCAAAAUCUGACACAAACUUUCCACACAGAUAUUCCAUUUGCCAUGGGAUGUAGAUGUAAAGAAACAAAUAUCUCUGAGCCCAAAGAUGCAAAUUUCUUGUCCAAAGAAGAACUUUAUCAAAUGAAAAAGUCUCAAAGUAAUCAAUGUCUUCUUUGUGAAACAGAAAAGCAUCAAGUCCCAGUGAUUGAUUUGUGCAAGAUUUUGGAAGAGGAUUCUGUUCACCGUGAUUACGAAAAGGUUGAAAGGGUAUUCUCUCCUGAAAGAAGAAGACUCGAUACUGAGAGAGAUAACCAGGACAUGGAAUUCGGGGUUGAAGAUGUUAAGCAUAUCGAAUCGUUACAAAGGGCUUGUUCAAGAGGAAACAAGGACCAAUUUGAUCAUGAGUUCAAGAAGAUCAAGGCCGAAAAAGAAAUUCUUUUUGCAAAAGACAAUGAAGGGAACUCUCUUUUGCAUUUUGCUUGUGAAGGUGGUAACAUUGAUAUUUUACGUAAAUUGCUUGAUGAGGGGUUUCAACUGCAUUCGGUUACAUACAAGGGUAAAACAGUACUUCACAUUGCCUCGCAAUUUGGUCAUGUACCAAUCUGCAAGUAUCUUCUCUCAAAAAGCCAUGAUCUGCUUGCUAUGAUCGACAGGCGUGGGGGACAUGCAGUCCAUUUUGCGUCUGAAGGCGGGAAUAUUGAAGUUUUGAAAUUGUUAGUAAAUAACAACAUCGACCCCAAGCAAUUAACUAAAACAGGAAGAAAUAUCUUGCACAUCGCCAGUUCGAACAAUCAACAAGAUAUGUCCAGAUACAUUGUUGAGAAAUAUCCAGAAUUACUUGAUUCUGUUGAUAAUCAGAAAUGGAAUGCACUUCAUUUUGCGACUGCUAAAGGAUAUCUUGAGAUGUUUGAUAUACUUGUCGAAUUUAGCCAAAAUUUAAUCACCAAAACAAAAAAAGGUGACACUAUUCUUCAUAUCGCAUGUCAUAAAGGGCGGUUGAAUAUGUGCAAACGAAUAAUACAAUCCUGGCCAUAUCUAAUACAAGAAGAAAACAAUAUGAAUCGAACUCCUAUAUUUUCUGCAGCAGAGGGAGGUGAUCUUGAAAUAAUAAAACUUCUAAAAAACAAUGGCGCUAACGAAGAGGCAGUUGCAGAUAAUCAUACUCUGCUGCAUGUAGCAAGUGAAUUUGCUCGCCAUGACAUUUGUAAAUAUCUUUUAGGCAAAUACCCUAAAAUGGCUAAUCAGUUGACAAGCAAACAUUGGAACGCAUUGCACAUGCUGGCCGCAGGACCGUCAAAGUUUGAGGAUGACGAAAUAGAUGUAUUCAAACUGUUGGUCAAUUAUUAUGUGGACAUUCAUCAAAUUACAAAAAAAGGGAGUUCAAUUCUGAAACUUGCUUGCAAGAAUCACAAAUACGAAUUGUGCAAAUAUAUGAUAGAAAAUCAUCGCUCACUGUUGGACAUACCAAACGUAGAUCUUCUAAAAACUGCUGAGGAAAAUGGUAACAAAGACAUGAUUAAAUUGUUUAAAAUUUAUUGCAAACAGGAUUAAUCUUAAACUUUUAAUUUCCUCUCACGCAUAUUUAGACAUUUUAAUUGUAUUUUAAGAUAUGGGUUCAUAAACUUGUUCUUGCUUGACUAUGAAGUUUUUUUGGUGUUAAAUUUGUAAGUCUAAAAAUGUAUUAUCUUUCUGUCUUUUUUAAAAAUAUAUAUAAUCUUUAGAAGCAUUCUGCGAAAUGCAACACGUAUUUAAAAUGUUUUACAUGUAAUGGAGCUUCACCAGGGCUCCAUCCCUGGUAGCUGCCAGUUAAGUAGUUUAUAUAAUAAUUUUUAAUGAAUGGGAUCUGGGAAAUAAAGAUUGGGAAAGAAGAAAA